AUGCAACAGAACCCCACCUACGAUAUCCUGCACCACGCCAAGGUCAGCGACGUGAUUACCCCCAAGGCCGUCAUCACCCUCGACUCUGAAGACACUGUGGAGAAGGCCGUGAAGGUCUUGGCCCAGAACCACAUCCAGUCUGCCCCUGUGGUCAACAGCAAGACCAACGAGGUGUUGGGCAUGGUCGACAUGCUCGACAUCGUCGCUUUCAUCCUCUCCGUCGCUCCCUCGGGCCACCAGCUUAGCGCGAACGCUCUGAAGACGAUGGAAAUUGCUGGCCGCGCGAUGGCAUUGGAGACCUUGAAGAACGUCGUCGACUUCUCCGGCCGCGAUCCCUACGUUCCCAUCACCACCAACAGCCCCCUCACCUACGCCGCGACGCUAUUCCGUCAGGGCAUCCACAGGCUUCCCGUGGUGGACGAGCACACCAAGGCUGUCCAGCACAUCGUCUCGCAGUCGGCCCUGAUCCGUUUCAUCCACGAGAAGGACCUUCACAGGGGCCAUCUCAAGGAGAUCGGACACAAGACCAUCGGCCAGCUCGGCCUGGGCACCGGCGGCGUCGUGUCGUCGCCUCUGCACGACUCAGUGGUCCUUCACGCCCUCAGGACUGGUGAUGUGAGCGCCGUGGCGCUGGUGAACGAUACCGGCAAGCUCGCUGGCAACUUCUCCGCCACCGACCUCAAGGGCCUCUAUGAUGAGACCAUGCCCAAGCUGCUCGACACGGCCGAGGACUACCUCGAGAAGUUCAGCCCGUCGUCGCUCAAGCCCGCCUGCGUGCGACUGGACACCACCGUCGCCGACGCGGUGAAGGCCAUGGUGGAGGAUCACGUUCACAGGCUCUGGGUCAUCGAUGACGACUUCAAGCCCACCGGCGUCAUCACCAUGACCGACCUCAACGGCCUCUUCGUCAACAAGGCCCUCUAA